AUGGCAUUUAAGUUUAUCACCCUUCUUGCCCUCUUGGCAGCAGCCAAUGCUAGCUACUUCAGUCCAGCUGCACCACUUGCUUAUGCAAGCUAUCCAGCAUCAUUAUCAUCAUAUACAUACGCUACUUUAGGCCAACCUUUGGUCUACGCUGCAAGCCCAAUCGUCACUAAGGAGACUGUAGAGCCAUACAAUCCAAAUCCACAGUAUAAUUUCAAUUACGGUGUAUCAGAUCCUCUCACUGGGGACCAAAAAAGCCAACAAGAAAGCCGUAAUGGCGACCAGGUCACUGGCAGUUACUCUUUUAUUGAGAGUGACGGAACCAAGAGAACUGUUGAUUAUACUGCAAAUGAUGUCGAUGGAUUUAACGCAGUUGUACGCAAAGAACCAGCUGCAGCCACUAUCGCUGUAAAAACUGCACCAGCAAUUGUCCAAUCUGUUGCAUCCCCAGUCACUUAUGCUUAUUCAGCUCCAUUGACACACCAAUACAUUCAAACUCUUCAAAACUGGUAG